UUAUCGUUGUUAGGGGAACAGGGAUAACCCAAGUAGUCACCAACUAGUUUGAGCUGGCCUAGCCAGGGCACACACACACACCUUAGCUGACUUUUAUACGCCACAACACAGUCCCUUCAACUGGCUUUGGUAAACACCAGUAUCUCUUCAGCACAUCAUCAAACGCUAUGCGGCCACAGUUCUGCUGACAACCCCGUGCUUGGCGCUGGCUUCUUCUCACGGUGGCUUUGGAUGCAGAACCAAGGGGAAGGAAAGCUGAGGAAAAGAAGACCGUUUUAAAAAAGUGAGGAGAAGGUUGUGCUUGUGCCGCUAUGGCCGACCCUGGGAGGGUGUGUUGGAUCGUAGUGGAAUGCACCUGCAGGAUCCUCGGCAUCGCCACGGCAACAGUGUUGUGUGCAGUUGGAGUAGAAACUCUACAUAAAGGAGAGUUCCACAGCCUUGGUAUCUACCUGCUCGUGGCGUUUGUGGGGAUGUUGCUGUUUGAGGGCGCGUAUUUCCUGGAUGCAAUGCUGUUCAUGUGUUUACCCUGUCCGCCCGACUGGCGGGUGUUUGUGCUGUGGGGGAAGAUGGCUGGAGUAGGGGGCUUCCACAAGUUCCUGUACUACUCCAUCAUGUCUCUGGUGUGCUUCCUGCACCCCGUGUUGGUUUGGCACGCGGUGAUCCCAGGUACAAUGACUCUGCCAGGAACCAUGCUGCUGGCGACAGCGUGCUUCAACUUCCUGCUCGCUAAGAAGCCCCGAGCGGGGGCCCCCAAGGGACUCCAGGAAGGCUACCAGGAGCCCCCGGCAGGGGGAGCGGACACGGGGAAACCCCAGAGCAUCUUCUCCUCCUCCUCCUCCUCCUCCUCCACCUCCUCCUCCUCCUCCUCCUCCUUCUUCCACAUGGGGAAAGACUGGGGAGGGGGAGGGGGAGGGGGAGGGGGAGGUCUGGUCUGCGUGGCCGAGGGGAGGGUCUCAGCUCUGGGGGAGGGAGAGGAGAGCUCAGCCCAGCCAGGAGCCAAAGAACCAGACGCCUGA